AUGUUAUAUGCUGUAAACAAAAUAACUAAUUUAAAAAUAGUUGAUCUCAAAUAUAUGGAAACGGGACACUCAUAUUUAGAGGCAGAUGAUAUGCAUGCAACAAUAGAGAGGUACAGAAAACAUAAAAAAAUAUACACUACAAGAGAAUGGGCAUUACUUAUAUCAUCGGCAAGAUUAAAUCCAGACCCUUAUAACGUAACUACUUUGAUUCAUUCUGACUUUUAUGAUUUAAACAAUCUUACAUCUAAAGUUAUACAAAAUACCACUAAACGCACUGUAAAUAAUUUACAAGAUACGUCUAAUGGUCCUGUAAAAGUUCAGUGGUUAAAAAUUAAAUGGCUACGCUUUGAAAAGUCUAAGCCCAACACUAUUCAGUACAAAUAUAAUUUAAAUGAUACAGAAUUUUAUGAAAUUGAUGUAACUCUGAACUCAAUGUACUAA